UAUUCUGGUCCAUCCUUGGCUCAUCAUUAUUUGGGACAAAACCUGGAUCCAAUGACACAACACUUGGCUGCUCAACAUCAACAUUUCUCAGUGGAUGAACAUCAAGGCUUGGGUUCUUCUUUUCAGUUUUCUGGAGAAUCUUCAGGUCAGCAGCAAAACGAUAUUCUUGGAACGCAAAAAACCUAUCACUCACUUAUGGAUGAUCCUCCACACUUAGCCCAAGCCACAGAGGAGGAGCAGCAUCAAGAUUUUGGUUCUUCUGCUCUGUUUUGGGCUCAAAAAGAUGAUCUCGUAGCUCCUGGAGAGCUAUCUGCUCAGCAACAAAGUCUGAUGCAAGACUCAAACUUGUCUCUUACCCAACAGAAAAAUCAGAUUUUUGGACAAGUCACCUAUCUCUCCCCAUUGGACAAGAAGUUUUGGGAAACUGAUCAUUCACAGGUUCCAGUUAUGGUGGAUCAUGCCUUCGAGGAGCAGCAGCAUGUUCCAUGGUCGGCUCAGCCAUAUUCUCAAUAUGAAGGACAAAACAGCACACUCCCAACGGUUACUCCACAACAACAUGACAAUGCCAUCAGAAAUUUACCUGCGCAGCUACAAAUUGAAGAACAAGACAAUGUUCCUUUGAUGAAUCAAGCCACGGAAGAACAGGCAGCAUAUCUUCCAAUGAACCAAGGCAUCGAUGAGCCACAUGGAGGCAUUGUUGGCUAUCUUUAACUGCUACUCUGACAAACUGCAAAACUGCAAAGUCUCUCUUUAACUUCCUUUUGUCUUAUUGAUGCUGUUUAAAACUCAUGUUUUCAUUUUUGUCAUUUAUGUAUGCCCCCAUAACUAAUAUCAACUGAAGAAU